CGUCCGUGUGGGCCACGAGGGCCGGUGCGGAGAUGCAGCAGCUACCAAGAGGGGGCUGCUGGCGUGCGGUGCUGGCUCGGGCCCGCCGCGCAGUGUUCUUUGCAGGGCCCCGCGGGGCCUCGGGCGGCCCGGGUUGCGCUUGGGACGCCCCUUCCGGAGCCGGCGAGCUGCGGGGCGAGCUUGACAGAUUCGGGGGCGUCUCCGUGCGCCUGGCGCGGCUGGACGCAAUGCACCGCUUGGACCCGGUCGCCUUCCAGAGGGCCUUGCAGGCUGCAAUACAGAAAUGGAGAUCAGAAGGUAGAGUAGCAGUAUGGCUGCACGUUCCCAUCCUCCAAAGUCGACUUAUUGCCCCUGCCGCUUCCCUGGGCUUCUGCUUUCACCACGCAGAAUCGGACUCAUCCACGCUGACUCUGUGGCUGGGAGAGGGGCCCAGCAGAUUACCAGGAUAUGCUACACAUCAAGUGGGAGUUGCAGGAGCUGUAUUUGAUGAAAAUACUAGAAAAAUAUUGGUUGUACAAGAUCGAAAUAAAUUGAAAAAUAUGUGGAAGUUUCCAGGAGGCCUGUCAGAGCCUGGAGAAGAUAUUGGAGAUACAGCAGUUCGAGAAGUUUUUGAAGAGACUGGUAUAAAGUCAGAAUUCAGGUCCCUCCUGAGUAUUCGGCAACAGCACACCCAUCCUGGAGCUUUUGGAAAGUCAGAUAUGUAUAUUAUCUGCCGCCUAAAGCCAUAUUCAUUCACCAUAAAUUUUUGCCAGCGUGAAUGCUUAAGGUGUGAGUGGAUGGAUCUCAGUGACCUAGUCAAGACUGAAAAUACAACUCCGAUCACCAGCAGAGUCGCUAGGCUGCUGCUCUAUGGAUACAGAGAAGGGUUUGACAAGAUUGAUCUGACCAUGGAAGAACUUCCAGCAGUUUACACAGGCUUGUUCUAUAAAAUCUAUCACAAGGAACUGCCAGACAGUUAUAAAACUAUGACAGGCAUGGAUUAAAUUUAUAUUUACAUGGUUUUAAAAUGUUUAAAUAAAUUGUACCUGUAGAUUAAUGUGUGCCAUAUUAUAAGAAGUAGUGGACAUUUGGGUUAACUAAAUAUCUGACUUAAAUUUUCUAAUGUCUAUGAUUGCCGUGAAGAAAACUUGUUUGUACGUAUGCACAUUUUAAAAGCCUCUUUUCAAAUGAAGCAAAUGUAUGAAAAAGAUUGUAGCUGUAAGUAAGCUUCACUGGAUAAAGGCAAAUGCCUAUCCACUAAAAAGUGGAAGUCUAUGCAUUUUCCAGGAAUUUUUGUUUUUGUUGUUGUUUUAACUAAGGCAAUGGUUAAAUAUUUUACUGUUAGAUAAAAGGCUGUCUGACCAGUUACCUAAACUGAGCAGAUAGCUGUAUACAUUUUUCUUUUUCUUUCAUCAACAAAUUUCUAAAAUAUACCUCUUCUUUCAUGAGGUAUAUGAAAUGAGAUCAGAUGCUGCCAUUAAGAUCAGCUCUUAGCAGACAUUGGAAGAAAAAGUAUAGCUUUCUGCCCAGGUCCUGUUUUGGGUCCAAGUUUAUACUGCCCAGUUCGUUUCAGUGCCACAUACCAACUGGAGUAUUUCCUUGACCGGUAAGUAUUGUAGUUAUUAGAUUCCAAUCGUUCAAAAAAGAAGCACUCAUCUGUAACACAUUUCUGAAAAACAAAGGAAAAAUUAGUAGUUGUUGUCAUACUUUUCAUGUUAAAUAUUUAACGACAGUACACAGUGCUUUGGGUCCAGCAGGACAGUCAAACUAGUGAGACUCAACAGGCCAAAAUCUGACAGAAUCUGAGUCUGCAGAAAGACGCAGCGCAGGAACACAGCAUAUCAGCAGGACAAUUGCAAGCACAUUUCUUCAGAGGAGCAGUCCAAGGACCAUUCUCCAGCCCCUCAAUGAAUGGACAGGUCAGGUGCUAGGCAGCAAGAGCACACAGGUGGUGUAGGAACCACACUGGCUCAGACUUGAAACAUCCCAUGAACAUAGAUUUCAGUGGUCUCCAAAAGAGACAUACAUCCAGUAACAAGAAAGACCUAAAAGUGAUUAAUAGCUCCUGUAGUCGGCUUCUAGAGAUAAGAAUUUUACUGGAUAUUUACUUGGCUUUAAUGUUUUGACUACUGUUAACUGAACUUUUAAAAAUUGAAAUGCAAACUUACCUAGUUGCUCAUUUUUUUUUUUGUAACUUACUAAGAAAGCAACUUAAGUGCAAAUAAGUCACAGGUAGCCUUACAAAGAAGCAUACAUUGCACAAGGACCCAGCUAUACGAUACCCAGGACUGUCUCAUGAUUUUCAAAGAGAUUCAAAUGUAAUAACAGUGACACGGAUACUCUGUAGCCAAUACUUGCUACCUUUGCUGAAAUUAUUGUGCUUCCUUUAUUAACUGAAAUUAACCCUGUUUUACUUUAUCUUGUCAUUUUUUAGUGCCACCAAUAAAAAUCUUCCUCUUUCUCUAUUCCAGGUUUAAGGUCAGGAGUCGAAAAGUAAAGAGUGAAAAGUCAUGUAAUCGUAAAGAUAAAAUGAAAGGUCAGCAUUGAGCAUCAUGGGCUCAUUUCCCAGAAAUAGACCUAAACCACAUCAGUCAGUUAUCCUCAGGACGUUGAUAUGCUCAUUUUUUGGUGUUCAGUCAGCCUACAGGGUGUCCCACCUUGCUAGUUAGCACUCCCUAUAAUGCUUGGCCAACUGGGAUACAUACCAUGCCAGUAAUAUUUGCCUUCUCAGCCAGUUGCUAGUAUUUUAGAGAAAAGAAAUAGUACCAGGGAUUAAGUGGAUAAUAUUGAUACAUUAUGGAAACCACAAGUUUUUGUUUUUUUUUUUUAAACAGAGGUUACUUGUACCUUUUUACACAGAGGGGAGAGAAGGAAAUUGUGCAUCUGUGCUGAACAUUCAGACAUGUAAGUUUACUAAACAGCUGAUGUGCACUUGAAAACAAACUGCAUUUUUUUAAUGGGUAGUAGAGCCAAAAUUCAGCCUCAAUAAAAGCAUGCAUCUAACAUCCCAUUUUAAGCAAUUUUCAGUUCUCUCCAUCCUAAGUUUACAAAUCAUCUUCAUUGGUUGUGAUGUCAAUAAUCCUGUUAAAAACUGAUGCAGUGUAAUUUUUUUAACCUUUAUAAAC